UACGAUUGGCGGGAAUCGCAGCGGGAAUCACAGGGAGAACCGAGUGUAUAGUGUAUAUUUUAACAAGUGACCAUAUCGCAGCUUAUCUGCUUCUAAUGCACGUUAUAAGUUUCUUAUCUUUCGAGAAUAACUGUUAGAUUGAAUAUCAGUUCUCGAACAAUACGUAAACAUUAUCGCGGUGCUGGUAUCAGCACAGGUGUCUGUUACGCAGCCAUAUUUAGGGGUUAUGUUCGUUUCAAUUACCCGGCACGUUGAAAUACAACGAUAACGUGUUGUGGUGGUUCGAAGAAAGCAAAAAGUAACUGCUCUUGGCACACAGGUGUGCUACGUGAAGAGGUUUAUGCAAAUCAAUUCUGUGCGGAUAUUGUCUGCGAAGCCUACCGUUCCGUCAUGACGAAUUUAAGCCGGUUUACCGGUAUAUUCUGCUGCGUCUUCGUUUUUAUAUUCAGUGUCUGUUGCGAGGAUGAAAAUUAUUUUGGAAAUAGGGAUUUCGAUGACAUGAUUGAUCCACAUUCGUUUUCCUACAACAAGCACAGCAAAAGUAUGAACGACGAGAUGGGGAUAAGUGGCAGAAGCAAAGAUUAUACAAGGGAACACGAUGAAGAUAAAAAAGACUGUAACUGUGUAAAACCUGUAGAUAAUUCCGAGAAUCAGGCAGCCGUCUUUUAUAAGCGCCUCAUCAAUAUGAUGUUAUUAAACAUGAAUAUAAAGCAGGAGAGCGAUGUAUUAUUGGUAGGUACGUUAGAGAUCAUAAUGACUCCCACACAAAUGGAAAUCUUGAAAAACUUUCAUACACAACCAGCUUCCUUAAGAGAGGUCGAUGAAAUAUUAAGCAUGACGAUAAUAAAACCGAGCGAUAACCUAUAUCGCUUAGACAGCAUCACAGACUUCCUCGGCGAGCAGUUCGAAAGAUUCGGAAUGGCUUUUCAGACUGUAUUGGAACAUAUCGGAAUGGCAUUUUGGACUGUAUGGAAACAUCCUGACGUACUUCCAUUUCUAUCUGUACUGUUGCUGAUCGGUCUUACGUUGAGAAUGAUCAGAUACGGCCAUGGUAUUUCAAUGUUCAUUCUUAUACAAAUCAUAUUCGUAGUGAGUUUCCUAAUGACUUGGUGGAAUCUUAUACAAGAGGCGGAAAUUAAAGCUAUGGCGGAACAAAUGAAAUUUUCGAAUAUCCCGAUAUCAUGUCAGCCAGACAAAAUGACUAUAUGGGAUAAGUUCGUGUCCUUCUUAAGCGCCAACGACGACUGCGAGAAAUAUCACCAAGCAAUGAUGUCUAAUCCAAAACUGAAAGUCACACCGGCUCAUGCACUGUCGCAUUUAUUUUCCACGGUCACGCUUCAACCAAUCAUUCACAUGGGGACUGCUGUGUCUGGUUUUAUAACUAAUGCAACAGACGAUUUGCCAUGGCUGUACGGCUGGCUCGUUAAAUGUUUGCUUUUCCUUUGCGUCGGUAUCGUUAUAAUAAUGUUACCGAUCUUCUUGUCGGGCGGAUUUGUUGAUUUCGGCAUGGGGCCGCUGUUCAAAUUCGCCAUUAGCUUUCACAAAAAGCAAGGACAAGGUAAUCCAUUAGAAUACGAUAGCAAACGAGAACCCGUGAAAAUAUAUCUUCAGACUUCUUCGCAGGUACAUGGCGCGAACGCGCCGAAUAUAAUGGACGUGCCAGUGGCAGCGGACACGCCGGCUAUAACGUGUACGCCAGUUACAACGAACGAGCCCGCCGUAGAGCAAUUGAUAAAGUUCGAUGAAUCCGAAGACGAAGUUGAACGAGGAAUCGAUAAAUGCGACGCCGAAAAUCGUGACUCCAGGAGGAGGAGGAAAUUAUCGAGCGAACUUAAAAAGCACGAUGGAAGUGGGGACGCACAACUAAAAGUGGUUGCAUAAAGGAAUGCUUUAUUUAUGUGCCGGUAUUUAAUAUUUCGAAUUCGCAUUGAUCCAGCCUGUACAAAUAUAUUUAAUUGGAUUCGCGACGCCUGUUUGAAGUGAUCGUUUAAGUAUUGAUUUCUUUCUUGUUUUAUCGCGUGGCUUUUACAGCGAAAGAGAUAGUAU